GUGGCUGUCCACUGCGGUGCGUCACAGCCAGGAGGCAGCUAGCCGGCCACAUGAGGCUUCUUUGGCGCAGGAGGUGGGAAUCCGACAGCGCUGGGAUGCACAAAGGCCGGGCACCUGCAUGCCCAUUGCGCCCUUGGAGCUGGACUUCAUCUCAGGUCCUCGAAUGGGCGAGAAGAUCGUGCUUUGCGAAAGAGUCUGCACACUGGGCCGGGGCGAAGGCAAUACCAUCCAGGUCACAGACUCGCAGCUGACAUCGGUUUCUCGCGUGCACUGCAUCUUCGAGUUCUCCGGUAACCGCUGGCGGAUGCGAGACAACAGCUCGACAAACGGCACCUGGCGACGCUUGAGUUGCGUUUUGGAGCCGUCGGAGGCCGUGCCGGUGCACGGGCCGAUGUCCAUCCAGGCGGGCACGCAUGAGUUCUUUGUGAAGCCUGCGGAGAUGAGGCAGUGCCUCAUCCCCUCGCCUGGUCGCUCCAUCCUCGAAGAUGCGAACCUCUGA